GCGUCAGUUACGAGUAGUGUCAGUCAGGCAAUAUGCAGAUGGCAGGCUCAGUAAAGAUUCUUCUCUGCUUCUGGAUUGCAGUUUCCAUACCCACUACAGACGCAAGGAUCUGUUUUUCGAUGUACGGAUGUUUUGAAGUCAAUGAAUAUUUCAGUGUCAAAGAUGCUGCACUACCGUCUCAUCCGGAUGUAAUUCAAACUAAAUUCUACCUUUACACGAGUGAAAAUCCAAAAAAUGUUGAAGAGCUGAAGCUGGAUAAUGCCAGCUCCAUCACUACAUCAAAGUUUGAUCCAUCUCGUAAAACAAUUUUUAUCGUUCACGGUUUUGCCCAUCAUUCCCAGAAACCCUGGGUGAUUACGAUGAAGAAUGAAUUGUUGAAGCAAUAUUUGUGUAAUGUCAUCUGUGUUGACUGGAGGAAAGGAGCGUCGUAUCUUACCAUGUUUUAUUUAAGGGCUGUUGCAAAUGCUCGUCUUGUUGGUGCACAGAUUGCAUACCUUGUUCAAAUGUUGAAUGACGUCACUGGCGUACGUACUAAAUCAGUUCAUAUCAUUGGUCAUAGUUUGGGCGCUCAUAUAGCUGGUUAUGCUGGGAAAAGAUUAGCAAGAAAAGACCUGACCAUUGGGCGAAUUACAGGUCUGGAUCCAGCCAGACCUCAAUUUGAGGGAAGCCAUGCCGAGGCACGUCUUGAUAAAAGCGAUGCGACUUUUGUUGAUGUCAUUCACACCAAUUCCGCACCAUUUCUCCUCGGUGGUGCUGGGUACCGCGGUCGGAUCGGCCAUGUUGAUUUCUACCCUAACGGCGGAGAAUAUCAACCUGGAUGUGAGGGAUUAUUGAAAACGAUCUGGCGAAGUGGAAUUCUACAUGCGGCAACGUGCCAUCACAUGAGGGCAGUUGAAUAUUUCACUGCAUCAAUUAGAGAAGAAUGCUUGUUCCCAGCUUUUCCAUGCUCAAGUUGGAAUGACUUUAAAAAUGGAAAAUGUUUAAAGAAAUUCCGUGUCAGAGAUAUAUCACUGAUGGGCAUGCAAGCAGAACAAUGUAAUGAACAGGAAGAACCGAUGUAUCUAACAACAAUGUCCAAAUCACCUUUUUGUGUUUACAAUUAUGUGAUACUACUAUCGUUUUCGAGAAGCAAAAGAAAAUAUGAUGCUAUAUAUUUCCAAUUAAUUGGCAGUAAAGGCACAACGAAGAAGAAAAAGAUUCAAUUGGAAAGGGGGGCUGGGACAAAAUUAGAAAUGACUACGGAUGGUGAUGAUAUCGGAGAUUUGCUUAACGUAGAACUGUUGUACUAUGGCUUCAAUUCAUUUUAUAUCCACAAUGUCCGUGUGAAUAUUCUCCAUAGAAAUGAAAUUUAUGUUUCGUGUUUCGAUCAACUCAUUCGAAACAGUUUCUGGGUAUUCUGGAGUUUCUCUAAAGCAACAUACAAACGCAAGGCAUACGUCGGCGAAGAAUGCGGAACGACAUUUUUCUAAAUCAAACUAUUUUAUCACCAACACGAUGGUUUGAAAAUUGAAUUCGAGAAUGUAUAUAAUGCAACGACAUGCACUGAUGAAAUAUUAGUGCUAUUACUAUCGAAAGAUUUUUGUGCUGACUCUGAGCGCUGUAUUUAUCCUCACUUGCAUUAUG